AUGAAUGGAUUAUGUUGUUGCACGCCAUGCAAGCCAAGAUAUCGGCGGUUAGUAGAUUCAAUCUACCCGAGAGCAGUAACAGAUGGUCUACUUCAUUCGAAUAUGCAGAAACUUACAUUUUACGCCAUUUCGCAUCCGGAGAAGCUGGAAAGAAUUGGAGAAUAUUUAGUCAUGCGGAUGGUUCGAGAUUUAAGUCGACAACGCCCUGUUCAAGUCAAGAUCGCAGUCGAAGCCAUGGAUCAGCUGCUACAAGCAUGCCACAGUUCUCCAAGUCUUCCACAAUUCAGUGAAAAUCAUUUGCGUAUGGUACAACGACUACUGGAGAGUAACAAUGCUAAAAUGGAGCAACUAGCUACUGACUCAUUCGUCACAUUCUCAAAUAUUGAAGAGAGUUCUCCAUCCUACCACCGUCAAUACGACUUUUUUAUUGAUAAAUUCUCUCAAAUGUGUCACGCCAAUCCACAAGCUGCCUAUGGAGAAGAUUUUAGACUCGCACGAUGUGCUGGUUUGAGGGGACUUCGAGGAGUUGUAUGGAAGUCGGUUACUGAUGAUCUCCAUCCUAAUAUUUGGGAGCAGCAACAUAUGGAUAAAAUCGUUCCGUCGAUACUGUUCAAUUUACAAGAACCUGAUGACAAUGGAGCUGGUUUUUCUUCUUCUCAUAUUCCUAAAUUCGACAACACAUUUGCUGAUACAACACAAUCUCAUCGAGGAGACGAUGAAGCAACACCAAAGGUUUUAUCUGAUCGAUGUUUGAGAGAAUUGAUGGGAAAAGCAUCAUUCGGAUCAUUGAGAGCAGUGAUUGAACCCGUCUUGAAACAUAUGGAUCUUCAUAAACGGUGGUCUCCACCUCCAUCAUUUGCUAUCCAUGUAUUCAGAGCUAUCAUCUACAGUAUUCAAAGUCAGAACAGUUAUUUUGUUAUUCAAGAAUUGAUCAAUCACUUGGAUAGUAUGUGUUCUGCUGAUGCAUCAACUCGUAUUGGUAUUGCAACUGUUCUUUCGAGUAUUGUUUCAAUAGCUGGAACAUCAAUUGGACCACUUCUCCUCUCAAUUUUCAACUCUCUUCUCAAACAUCUUCGUACUUCUGUUGAUUUCGAAAGAAGUGGAAAGUGCAGUGACCAACCAGCUGAAAAAAUGUAUCAGGAGGCUUUGAUAAACGCGAUGGGAGAUUUUGCAAAUGCUCUACCGGAUUAUCAAAAAGUUGAAAUGAUGAUGUUCACUGUCGGAAAUAUUCCAAAUCUUGACGAGAGAAAAUCAAAACAAGGAGACGAAUUCCUGCAGCAUGUCCUUGUCAAAACUCUUCUCAAAGUGGCUACCAAAUAUCGAACAGCUUAUUUAGCAACUGUAUUUACUGAUUCAUUCCUCGAUACUCUAUUGCUUCUUGCUUUGGUUCGCGAUCCUCAAGUUCGAUUGGCUACUCAACAAAUUUUCCAUACACUACUUGACAGACACGACAAUGCUACGAAUCUUGUUCAUCUGGGAUAUGAGCGAGAUGUCUCGGAUGUCCAGUUGACUGUAGAAAAGUGUUCACGUGCUGAUCAAAUGUUUAUGAGAAAACAUAUUGGAGAGAUCACUUUUAUGCUUUUGAGAGCCGCUGCGUCAGCUGAUGAGAAUGAUUUGAAUACUCAUAUCGAUGCGAUUCUGUGUACGAUGAGUUUGCUGUGCAUCGAAGUUGGAUUCGAUGAGUCACUGGUUGAAUUAUUCCGACUUUCCUUGGCUCUUCAACAGCUUGCUCUGGAUACGAAGCAGAAUUUCAGCGAUGCUAAACGGAACAGUAUUCACAAUAUGGUUGCCAAGUACAUGAAUUUAUCAGCCCAACUAAUUGCAAAUCCAUCCCUUUGCCAACAAGUACAGCACGUGGUUGCUUGUCGUGCCCAGCGUGGAAUUCCUGGACUGAAUCUGCUUCUCAAUAUCAAAGAUUCUCCAAUGAAUGAUGAUCCAUUGAGCAGUACUGCUGUAAAUGGUACUGCUGAAAACGGAUCAGCCAAAACAAUAACCGAAGAUGAUCAAAAUCUGUUGUUCAACCUGGAAGAUGUGGCGGAGUCUCUGAAAGCUUCUGGAAAGGAUGCAUCACGCCUGUUUGUACCGUUCAGUAUGAAUGUGAACAGUAGAAAACUUGACGGCAGUGGAGACAAUUGGCAGAAUGAUCUACAAAACUUUGAUUCAACAGACGGCAGAGAAUCACCGGAUGGAUAUAAGACUGUUGGUAUUGAUGAUGUUUCAGUUGAUAUGUCAGUAGAUUGGACGCCUCCAAUUAGUAGAAAACAGAGCAGAAGGAAUACAAUAUUCUCAAUUAUCAACCCGCCAAAAUUAAACGCAUCUACAGUCGAUGAUCUCAAAGCCUACGCAAAUGCCACAUUUGAUCCUAUCGAAGAAGACAGAAAAGAGAAAGAACUCACUGGAAGUAUCCUCUCAGAAAUUCGAAACACUGACUUCGAGGAACGUGUUAACACCAAUGAAGCUCUCAAUGAGAGGAGUGAUUUGUCCAAAUCCAUUGCUCGUCUUCUCGUUAGAAAUGGAGAAACGACAAGAGUUCGAGAUAUUGGAAGACCGACAAAACCUAAAAAUGUCUUCGAGAUCGAACUGCCAUCCUUCGCAUACUGA